AGACGUUGUUUACAUCCCUCAGACUUCCGGGUUGUCAUGUUUGAGCUGUGGUCAUUCAUUACUGCUAAAUAGAAUGAAUUUGUCUGCCUGAUGAUGGAGACGCUUCUUUCUAAGCUCCCCGACAAACAUGUCCUCUUCCCGGCUUCCUUUGCUCUCCGACUGGCUUUGGUAGCUUAUGGAGACUACCAGGACAGAACUAUGGUGGUGAAGUACACGGAUAUAGACUACCAUGUGUUCACAGAUGCUGCCAGGUUCAUCACACAGGGCGAGUCUCCGUACAACAGGUCGACCUACCGCUACACCCCUCUGCUGGCCUGGCUUCUCACCCCAAACAUCUACGUCUGCAUGGUGUUUGGAAAGCUCCUCUUCAUUUUAUGUGACGUGCUGUCAGGACUGCUCAUCUACAGAACUCUGUGUUUGAGAGGUCUAGACUGCAAGACUGCAACCUGUGUGUGUUCUCUUUGGCUUCUCAACCCUCUGCCGAUGGGAGUGUCGAGUCGGGGGAACGCUGAAUCCAUCCUGGCAGCUCUGGUGCUCGGGACUUUGCUUUGUAUGGAAGCCAGGCAUCUGGUGUGGGCAGCCGUGCUCUACGGCCUGUCGGUUCAUAUGAAGAUCUAUCCCAUAACGUAUGCCCUGCCCAUUGCUCUGACCCUGAGAGCGCCGGAGGCGGGAUCAGCGGAAGGCAAACCGACGCGGACGUGGAAGAAAUGUGUCCUAUUUCUCAGAAGUUUCCUGAGCCGCGACCUGAUCCUCUUUGGAAUUGUGGCCGGAGGAGUUUUCUCCGUGUUCACGGCACUCUUCUAUUACAUGUAUGGCUGGUCGUUUCUUCAUGAGACGUACUUGUACCACUUGACAAGAAGGGACAUCAAGCACAACUUUUCCCCGUACUUCUACAUGCUCUACCUUACUGCAGACAGCAGGGGGAGCCAGUGGCUCGGCCUGGCAGCCUUUCUGCCACAGCUCCUCCUGCUGUUGGUGGCAUCCUGGAGCUUUCACCAUGACCUGGCCUUUGCCUGUUUCCUCAAUACGGCCAUCUUCGUCUCCUUCAACAAAGUGUGCACUUCACAGUACUUCCUGUGGUACCUGUGCUUGCUGCCUCUGGUCAUCCCACACCUGACUCUGUCAGUGAAAAAGGGUCUGGGUCUGCUCUUGCUCUGGUUCGCCGGACAGGCUCUGUGGUUGGCCCCUGCCUACUUCCUGGAAUUCGAAGGCGUCAACACUUUUGUCCUGGUCUGGCUCGCCGGAUUGCUGUUCUUGGUCGUCAACUGUUUCAUCUUGAUUCAAAUCAUAACGCAUUACAAACCCAAACCCCCUUCACAGAGACUGAAGGCCGAGUGACACUCCAUUGGGUUGAAACAGGAACAUCUACACUGCAAAAACACAAAAUAUUACCAAGUAUUUUUGGUCCUGUUUCUAGUGGAAAUAUCUUGGUGCAUUUGAAAUAUUCUGAUAGUAUUAUGACCUUAUUCUUGUCAUUUUAAUUUGUUCUAUUAUAGCCCUAAUACUCCCUCAUCUAUUUACAGUAGAAACUAGACCAGAAAUACUUGGUUAAAUUGUAUUAUUUUUGCACAUAUUAAACUUUCCAACCAGGACUCAAGCAGAGAAGACAUUUGUAUUUUGCUCAGUUUCUCUCAGCUGUCUUUUCAUGGACUUCCUUCACUAUAAUCUAAAUCAUGUUGUCGGAGAUCAGUCAUAUAUUGUAUAAAAGCCUCAGCUGGAUUAUCAGUUAUCUGAGUUAAACCCUUGGAUUACAUGCUUAUGUUGGCAGGCCGAAGCACUUAGAUUCACAGCGAUGCACAGACUGCAAACAAUUAUCACUCUGCUUUGUGUGGCCUAAAAUCUUUGACUGUUUGCCCCCAAAAUAACAGGAAUUAGCAGAUUUUCCUGACCUGUUGUUGGGAACAAAACACAGAUUAUAGACCUUCUGUUAGAGAAUUUCCCUCUGUCUUCUUGUAAACUGAGCUCCAGGGCUAACUUAGAAGCCAGUUUUAUGCUGGAGCUGUUUUACUUUGGGUAGGCCUUAAUACUGCUGCUCACUUGUAGUUCUUGAACAAGGAGGGGCGCUGUGCAGACCGGAUUAAAUUCAGGUAAAUCUGAGCUAAAUCGUGUCAUGGUGACCUGGAUUCUGACCUGUAAGCCACGCUUUGCUUUUCCACAAACUCUUAAUAACAUUCAGAUGAUAUCCGCCCUGCAAACACAUAUAAUUCAAGGCAAGGGUCCCAGUUCAUGUCAACGGGUGGAGGAUAAUGUUGAUCAGAACAAGCUUCGCCGCAGCUGCAGUUCACAGUUUUCACCACUAGGCUGAAGCAUUUGCCAGCUAAACGGAGCUCCGGAGCUCGGGCGUUUUUGUAAGCCGCACAGAUUAAUCAACUGGAGCAUGAAUACGACUCAAAACAAACAGUGGUUCCCUUAAUCUCGCCAUACUUUCUCCUCCUAAUCUCACAUGGAAAUCAUCAAAGCGUUCACUUCGGUCCCGCUGAUCCGGAGAGCGUUUGUUGGUGCUGCUGCUGCAGCCCGGGGACUGACAGCAAGAGGAUACAAUUUACGAGAUAAUAAUAAUUGUGCUUUGCUUGUCGUCUAUGGCGGAAAAGGGUUGAAUUUGUGGUGUUUUUCCAAAAACGUUUAUCUAAGUGACUUGGUUUGUGUGUCCCGUGUGGGGCCUGCGUGUUCGGGCUGACUCACGGUCAGCUGCGGCCUGAAUACCCGGUUUAUGAAUCACCGGGUUGCACUGAGUAACCUUUCAGCUGGCCCGCUGCCUUUGGGCCCAUACCUAAACCAUUUUCAUUCUUAACCGCCGUCCGUCUGGAUACCACAACAUUCUGGAUUUUAUUUUUGAAAGGAAUCUGUUGACUGUAACAAUGGUUGGGGCCUGUCCUCCUCAAACUGGUGUUAUAUUUUCUAAACGAGAUGCGGUGCGUUCUGUCAGUACUAAGGAGUCACGAGAGGAACGACUGCUGAAGUUGCUGUUUUCACUCAGAACCAAAAUCCAAAAUGGCUUCCAUGUGGUUAUUAAUAUUUGCCAUAAUUCACUGUUGGUUCGUUCCUCAAGUCACCAGCCUCAUGAACAUAUUUCUGUGGUGUUGGAGUUUACAUCAUGUUAAAUAUUUUGUUGUUUGCAUUGCUAGUGCCUAGUUAGCCUUUUACCCGAGCACUUCCGUUUGCAAACAUGAUUAAGUGGAAUAUUACGUUGUUUGUCGAUUCAAAUUUCAACCUCUGUGAUUGAGUAGAAUUCCUUGAAGCUUGCUUCAAUAAAUAACACAUCCUCCAAA